AAAAGUGCUUGAAGAGAGAGAGAGAGAGGAAACAAAAAAAAAAAGAGAAUCUAAUAUUUUACAUUUUCGCCGUUAAGAUUCUAUUUCUGAACAUUUACACCCUCACGCCAUGUGUGGAGGAGCUAUAAUCUCCGAUUUCAUUCCGCCGCCGAGGUCCCGCCGCGUCACCAGCGAGUUUCUCUGGCCGGAUCUGAAGAAGAACGCGAAGAAGAGCUUGAAGCAGCGUUCGAGUUUCUUCGAUCUUGACGAUGAGUUCGAGGCUGAUUUCCAGGGCUUCGAGGAUGAGUCCGAUGAUGCUAAACCGUUCGUUUUCACCGCGGCUCGUAAAACCGCCGUCUCCGCCGCCACCGCCGCAGAUUCAGGUUUUGGCAAGAAAGUUGCUGACAUUAAUCGACAAGCUGCAAAGAGGAAGAGGAAGAGCCAGUACCGAGGGAUAAGGCAACGUCCUUGGGGCAAAUGGGCUGCUGAGAUUCGUGAUCCAAGGGAAGGUUCAAGAGUCUGGCUUGGAACUUUCAAAACUGCCGAAGAAGCUGCAAGAGCUUACGACGCUGCAGCUCGUAGAAUCCGUGGUUCCAAAGCUAAGGUGAAUUUCCCUGAAGAGAACCCACCUGCCAAGGCCAAGAAGGUGGCUAAACUAUACCCAAACCCAAAUCCAGCUUUGGGUCAGAACCUGGACAACUCCUUUGACAAUAUGUGUUUCAUGGAGGGGAAACAGCAAGUGAACAACAACAACAACAACAACAACAAUCAGUUUGGUAAUGGGUAUCAUCAGUAUUUCAGCUCAGACCAGGGUAGUAACUCUUUCGGCUGUUCUGAGUUUGGUUGGAACGAGCAGGCUCCAAUAACUCCUGACAUCUCUUCUGCGUUUAUCAACAACAACAACGCUACUCUAUUUGCUGAGGAAGCUAAUCCAGCGAAGAAACUCAAGGCCGUGGAUUUCGAGGCACCUUACAACAACACUGAAUGGGACUCUUCACUUGAUUUCCUCACUGUGGCGACUCAGGAGAAUGGUGCAAACCCUAUGGAACUAUGGAGCAUUGAUGAGAUCGAUUCCAUGAUUGGAGGAGUCUUCUAAAAGAGAUCCCCAUUGUCAUUUAAAACAUUUUGAACCCUUUCUGGUGGUCAUUUGUGUUCGCUUGUGUUUUGGUUUUGUUACUUUGUGCCCCUAAAGACUUCUUAAACAUUGUCAAAUAUGUUGAACUUUUUUGUCAAAUACGUUUAACUAAUGUUCUGUUUUAUGAUCUGGAAUGUUACUAAGGAACCGGUACGAAUCGAACCGGAGUAAAAGAAAGAAGGACCGGUUAUCGUUGAUUUUGUGGUCAGAAAGCGUGAAUCUAGAGGGAAAACGCCGAAAACGACGUCCGUAAAAGACAGAAGAACCUAAAGGUUGCACUUUCUUUGCAAGUGGGUAACUGGUGAGUUUGUGACUUUCUCGUGACACUUUUUUCACGAGACACAAAAAGAAAGUUAAAUCACUUCUGCUUCUUUCUGUCCUUUUCCUUUACUGUUUUUACUAACACAACCUUGUUGCCC